AUGGUGUUAGGAAGUAUUUCAAAUCAAGCUGCUAGUUUUGAGAGCCAGGACACUUCCAUUUCGAUGCUUUCAUCUGAUAUUCCUGCAAACAAGCAAUUCCAAAAUACUGGUCAAGAAAGUAUUAACAUACCGCAAUUAAGUUUUGAUGCUGGAGAUCUUCUAAACACCUCGUUAUCUUUGUCCAAUAUGUCUACCAACAUACAAAUAGAAAGUAUCAUUGCAAACUGUGAUCAGUCAAUCCAGAAGAACAAUAAUGAGGAUCCUUUGAUAUUCAUUGUUAAAGAGGACGGACACCUUUCUAUCAUGGAUUGCGAGGAAGACUCUUCUUUAAAUGACAAUGUCCGAGCGGAGAACGAAGCGGCAAAUCGUGAUGGUCCAAGUGGUGAAUCUAAAGCUAAGAGCUUAGAAAACCUGUGCAGUAUAAACAGCAUUGAGCAAUCAGUUGAUAAUAUUCCAGAAAAUUCUGAUUCUGACUAUAUUCCUAGUACAGACAAUGAUAGUGACAAUCCAGGUCUUGUUCAUAGUGAUAAUGAACUAGCCCUAGGAAAUAUGUCUUCGAACGAUGCAGAACAUGGAGAUAUGAACGAAGGACGAAAACGAAAACACAAAUCUGACCAAAACGAAUGGAAGAAGAUAAAAAAUCAAAAGCUUCGUAUGGAAGGGAAACAAUAUUUAGGAUACACUAAACCAAGAAAUCAAACAAUGAAGCAAAAUAAAAUACGAGAGGCCAGAUCUCUGAAACCAGGUUGUUCAUCUUCCCUUUGUCUGAAAUCCAAGAAGAGGAUGUGUGAUAAAUUUACCAGUAUUGACAGAAUGUCUAUAUUCACCAAGUUCUGGUCUGACCUGAAUUGGGACCAAAGGAAGAUGUAUGUGGUUGCUCACGUUACAAGAGUAAACACAAAACGAAAAACAGUCUCUGAGUCUCGAAGAGAAGAAAGUUUGGUCUAUACACUGACCCUAAAUAACACCAAAUAUCAAGUAUGUAGAAAGAUGUUUCUGAACGCUCUUGAUCUACGUCCUUUCACUGUCCAAAGCUGGACAAAAAAAGGCGAACAUGGAAUGCUUCCUCAUAAGGAGGCAGAGAAUUCCAAACGUAUGAAAAAAUCUCCGUUUGCAGAAGAUAUAAAUUUUCUCAAGGGAUUCCUCAAGAAGUUGCCGAAAUUGCCUUCCCAUUAUAAUAGAGCAAACUCAACAAAACUCUACCUUGAACCUGUGUUCAGGUCACUGAAACAAGUCUAUGACUUAUACAACGAAAUGUGCCAAAAGGAAGAUAGGAAAUGUCUUUCAAACAAAACAUUUUAUAACCAGUUCAAUGAUAGUAAUCUGUCAUUGUACCAACCGAAGAAGGACCAAUGUGACGUUUGUGUGAGUUAUAGGGUUGGAAACAUCAGCAAUGAAAAAUACACUGAACAUAUAAAAAAGAAAGACCGAGCAAGAUUAGAAAAAGAAACAGAUAAGAAAUUAGCAGAGGAAGGGAAAUGUAUUGUACUGACUAUGGAUCUUCAAGCUGUGAAAGUUUGUCCCAUUGUACAAUCUAGUAUGGUAUUUUUCAAAACUAAAUUGUGCUGUCACAAUUUCACGAUCUAUGACGUUACUAGUCGCAAUGCUACAUGUUACUGGUUCACUGAAUCUGACUGUGAUUUGUCUGCUUCUGCCUUUGUAUCAUGUGUAAUAGAUUACUUGGAAAGACAUUGUUUAACAAAACGUCUUCCAGUCAUAAUUUAUUCCGAUGGGUGUACAUACCAGAAUCGGAACAAUGUCAUGGCGAAUGCAUUACUUAAUUAUGCUGUGCAUAAUAAGAUAAACAUACAACAAAAAUUCCUUGAAAAGGGCCACACACAGAUGGAGUGUGACUCCAUAUUAUGCUAA